AUGUUUGGAGACAGCGAGAUGACCCCAGAGGUUCCUUCUAGACCUCCUCCUCUUUGUGCCGGACUGGAAAUGGCUUCUGCCCAAUUGGAACAGGUUCCCGUGUCCCUUGAAGAGGUGGCAGUUCGUUUCAAAGAGAACGAAUGGGCUUUGCUGGAUCCGGGCCAGAGAGUGCUGCACAAAGAAGUCAUGGAGGAGAAUUAUGCGAAUCUGGUAUCUUUAGGUGAUGGGCGUGAAAGGGAUGAAGAAAACAUUCCUCAAGGAAAGAAAAUUGAACUAAAGCAGAAGUGGAGGAAGAAACGCUUGGCUUCUGUGGGGGCUGGCUUCCGUGAAGUUCCAAUAAUAGCAGAACAUCAUGCAGGCAAGAAAAGGAAUAUUGAGAAUGGAGAGAGACUGUUGAUGUGCUCAGAGUGUGGAAAGGGUUUCAUUGGCUGGAUGAACCUUACUAAACAUCAGAGAAUCCACAUGGGAGAAAAGCCACAUGAGUAUUCAGAGAACAGGAAGCAAUUCUCUCACAGCUCAGACCUUAGUGCACACCAGAGAUUCCGUGUUGGCGAAAAGCGCUAUAAAUGCUCAGAGUGUGGAAAGAGCUUUGUUCAGAACAAGUACCUGAGAGUGCACGAAAGAAUCCACAGAGGGGAAAAGCCGUACAAAUGCUUCGAGUGCGGAAAGAGCUUCAGCUGGAGUGGAAACCUGAACAGGCACCACAGAAUCCACACAGGGGAGAAGCCGUAUCAAUGUUCCCAGUGUGAGAAGAGUUUCCGCCAUGGAUCAAGUCUUAAACUUCACCAGAGAAUUCACAAUGGAGAGAGACUGUUGAUGUGCUCAGAGUGUGGAAAGGGUUUCAUUGGCUGGAUGAACCUUACUAAACAUCAGAGAAUCCACAUGGGAGAAAAGCCACAUGAGUAUUCAGAGAACAGGAAGCAAUUCUCUCACAGUUCAGACCUUAGUGCACACCAGAGAGUCCAUGUUGGCGAAAAGCGCUAUAAAUGCUCAGAGUGUGGAAAGAGCUUUGUUCAGAGCACGUACCUGAGAGUGCACGAAAGAAUCCACAGAGGGGAAAAGCCGUACAAAUGCUUCGAGUGCGGAAAGAGCUUCAGCUGGAGUGGAAACCUGAACAGGCACCACAGAAUCCACACAGGGGAGAAGCCGUAUCAAUGUUCCCAGUGUGAGAAGAGUUUCCGCCAUGGAUCAAACCUUAGUGCACACCAGAGAUUCCGUGUUGGCGAAAAGCGCUAUAAAUGCUCAGAGUGUGGAAAGAGCUUUGUUCAGAACAAGUACCUGAGAGUGCACGAAAGAAUCCACAGAGGGGAAAAGCCGUACAAAUGCUUCGAGUGCGGAAAGAGCUUCAGCUGGAGUGGAAACCUGAACAGGCACCACAGAAUCCACACAGGGGAGAAGCCGUAUCAAUGUUCCCAGUGUGAGAAGAGUUUCCGCCAUGAAUCAAGUCUUAAACUUCACCAGAGAAUUCACGCAAGGGAACGCACUUUAUAA